AUGGUUUUCAAAUUCACUAUUGAUAACGUUGUGAAUAAAUACAUUCCUCCUAAUCAUUUAGAUAGGUUACCUAAAGUUAUAGGUAGAUUUCUUGGAGCUCAUACUACAACUCCCAAACAUGAUUAUUUAAUCUGGUUAGAAAUCUUUAUUGGUAGUUUUGCUGGUAUAGCUUUAAUUGAAGGGGUAUUUAAAAGUCAUACUGUUUUCACUCAUCAUUCCGCUCCAUUGAUCAUUGCCAGUUAUGGAGCAACUGCCAUUCUUUGUUUUAAUGCAACUCAAGCUCCUUUGGCUCAACCUAGAAAUGUCCUAAUUGGUCAUUUUAUAUCUGCUUUAAUUGGAAUUUGUAUUCAAAAGCUUUUCCUGUUAAGUGAAGCUGGUAGAGCUCAUUAUUGGGCUAGUGGUGCUCUCAGUGUUGCUCUUUCUUCUGUUGCAAUGUCAAUUUGUAAUUGUGUUCAUCCACCCGCUGGAGCUUCGGCCCUUUUACCUUCUGCUGAUGACACUAUUAGAGAUAUGAGUUGGUGGUAUUUACCUGCCCAUCUUAUUUCAUCAUGUUUAAUUCUUUCUGUGGCUUUAAUCACAGGAAAUAUCAUUAGGAAAUAUCCUGUUUAUUGGUGGUCUCCAGGCCCAGUUGGUAAACCAAAACCAGAACCAGUUGAAGCACCACCUCCAAUGCUUAACAAUCCACCCUCAUUUUCAAGAACCAAAGAAGAAUCAGAUAACUCAUCAAGAGAAGAAACUAAAGAAGGAGUUACUUUCGUACCUGGUUUAGACAGUAUUCAAAUCAAUCUGCGUGAAAUCUUAGUUCCUGCUGAAAUGGAUUUAGAUGAACUUGCCAUUGAAUGGUUAGAUACAUUAAAGAUCAAAUUACUGGAAUCUGCCACUAGAAAUGAUAGUGCAGUUUGA